AUGACUACAGAUUUAGAUCACUCCGUCUCUUCCGCCACCUCGGCACCUUCUCCACAGUUCCACUCGCGGGACACGCGCCUUGUCCGUGAAUCGCGUCUGGCUCCCUCAUUACUCUUGUCUUCUCCGCCAUCAGGAGACUCGAGCCCGUCGACCGUUGGUUCUCCCGGUCAACGAACCUCUCCGCGGAGUAUCACCCUCGAGCCCCCGCCUCUCCCAUUCCUAUCCUCAUAUCGCAGAACCGAAGACUCUCAGCCCUCUUCGCCGGUCAAUCGCGAGGCGGAAAGCAGUAUCUAUUACACCACCGCGUGGGGAUCCCCAUAUGCAGCACCUAGCACUCGGAGACUGUCAGUGAGCAAUAGCCAACAAGAAUCCGCUGGGGUAGACCGCGGAUCUAGUCCCAUCUCGCCCGUCUCGUCAGUAGCCAACCGCACUGAAUUCCCGAGAUCUAGUGCCGCCAACGACGACACACUUGCACCCGUGGACCAUAGUCUCGCUACCAAGAACGGAGAGAAAUCAAUACGGGACUUUACGCAGGAUUGGAUCAAUCAGUACCUUACCGGUCAACCUAGAACGGAGCGCAGCAAUUGGCUCAGCGACGACUCAGGAAGUGAAGCGCCAUCCUUCAUCACUGCGAGAAACCACUUUGCCGACGACACUUCGGACGACUGGCUUGGUUUAGAAGACGACUUUCGGUCCGACGAUCUGUUGAGAACUCCGACGCUCUCUGAUUUCGUCGGGAAGAAAGCGGCCGCGCGUGCAAAGGUCAACAAAACUUUGCACAAACGCGCUGAUACCCUGCGCCAGGAGGACUUUUGGGGGUUUGCUUACGAUAGAGAUCCACUACUAAGCAAUAUGUCCGACUUAAACACACCUACCCUUGAGGUAAACUCGCCGGUAGAGAAGCCGUUACCUCCUCCGCCCGCAGACGCGACGGAGGCCACUGCAGAUAUGGAAGACCCCUUCAACCCAGUUCCAUUAAAAACACAGGUCUCUGAUAUCAACGGAUCAGUCACCCAAACGCCACGGCGGAGAAAGAAGCUGGUUUGGCAUGGGAAAGCCUGCAUAAUUGAGCUGCCACAUGACGAUAAGAGAGGCUCGGAACAUGGGUAUCGUCUCCUAACGCCCGCCGACGUUCAACAGCGAAUGCAAGAAUGGGAGACCAAAGGAUACGAUGUUCGUGGAUUCACCAUCGGCGAUUCCGAGGAUCCUUCCAUAAUGACAACGCUAGGAGGCCUCAGCCGACCCCUAUACCCCGACCCAUAUGACCUCCAUGAAAUUUCCAAGAGCGAACCGCUUGUCGUCAACUUCCCAGACAGGGCUAAGUGGGAGGCUUAUAUUACCGAGCUCCAAGAAGAAAAGCUACGCGCUCUGGGAGUGUCAUUCGGUGACGAUGAACCUGAACAAUCCAUUUCACCCGAUUACUCGCUCAACCCCAGUGGUACUCCUUUCCCUGGCCUUGUCGCAUCCUCGCCAAUGCCUACUGCAUCUGCAGCGGGGAAUCCCCUCGGCCAUAUUCACCCAUUUUCGCCUCACUUUAAUCAACCAGCAAUGCUCCCACCCGGUGCAAUGGGAUCCAUGGCAUCACCUGCUUCGCAAUUCGGUAUGCAGACACCAUUCAUGGGGGCGGAGCAAAAUAUGAUGGGCGGAUUCCCCUUCCAAUUCCAGCCUACGCUUCCUGCUCAGGGAUCCAUGACCCCCCAAGGCUUCAUAAACGCUCGACAGGCAACUUCUUCGGUUGGCCCAGGGGCAAUGGGCAACUUUUCUUCCAUGCUAUCACCGGUGUCUCCGCUGCAUGACCAAGGGUCCUUCCAUACCGGAUUCAAUGAUAAGGGUGUUUUCGAUGAUCAAUUUGGCCAUGGUAUGCACCAGGAAGGCCUGCCGUACCAGGCUCCCCAGACUCCGGUCAAUGGACACCCUGAUCAUUUCCACACAUCAAACGUCGAAAUUGCCCAGCCUACACCUCGAGGCCACGGCCAUAAUCUGAGCGAAACCCUGCAAAGGGGACUGGACCAGAUGACACAUACCGAUUACCAUCUGGAAGACUCGAUCGACCGCCAAUUAGAGGAUGAUUAUCGUGAUAGCAACAGCCAUGCAGGUCUGAAUCCCGGCAUGCUGAAGUCGCGAUGGGGAUUGCCAGAAAAUGAACACCACGCACAGAACCCUUCCCACCUCCCACUUCAUUCCUUCGCCCAGCACCAACUCCCUCACCAAUUCUUCGGAGACCAAUACCAACAACACAAUGGUCAUGAUGCUUCUGAUCUCGAUACAAACCCCAGUGUUGCAGGUACACCGCAAACUCGGCAAGGGCCGUGGCACGAGAACCAGGCUAGCGGCCACUCCUACCAUGGAGGCCAUCAAUCGCAGCUCUCGAUCUCAUCGCUCAACGUUGCAGCCAAGGAAUUUGAUCCUACCGCAUCGUUCAAUUCCCAGCCUGCGCCGUUUGGCAAUGAUCCAUUCCAGUUCGGCGGCAGGGGCGAGCAAGGAUUCGGCUUUGCCCCGCCUCCCUCGUUUGCGCCUGGUACCAGCCUGAAUGGCUCAAUCGGUCCCAAGCGGAACCACAAUGCCAGUGGUAGUGGCACAUUCAAGUUCUCCGCCGCAUCGUUCAAUGUCGACGCACCUGUUUUCAACCCCAACCCCUCUAUCAGCCUCAACUCGGAUGCCAGCUCCACGCAGCCUCUGGCUAGUCGCACCAAGAUAUUCGGUGACAUCGACAUCAGCGAGAUCUCCACACCCGAUAAGAAGUCCAAGGCUAUUCCUAUUGUGCGACCCGAUGAUAUUGAACAGGAUAGCAAUAGAAAAGAACAGGCUGUUGAAGACGAUACCAAUGGCCGGCCUGUUCCUAUCGACCGCCACAAGCGUGCGCGUCGUGGUGUUGGCCACGCUGAAGGCGAGGCUAGAUAUAGUAUCUCAACCAAUCCUCUAGGCGAGGCGGGCAAUGCUCAAGCUUUGAGUGCGCUUUAUGCUGUGGCCGAGGGUAAGGAGAAUGUCAUGCCUAAUGAGGACAAUCCGGUUGAGCGGACAGAUACCCCUGUCAGCGAAGCUGAAACUUGGACUUUGUUCGAUGCGAAACGUGAUGCUGAGAAUAUGUCUGAAACUGGAUCACCAAUCCGGGCGCAGACUUCUAAAGACAUUGUUGUUGAAGAACGCGAACCGAGGGAACCUGCUGUAGGAGAUACUACGUCUGUCACUGUUUCGAGGGGUGUUGAACAUGCUCCUCAUGGAUCUAGGACCUCGGUCAAAGGCACUACGCUGUCGGCUAAUGCCCGGCCUUUCGAGUUCAAGCCUGCUGUUUCAGAGUUUGUUCCCACGACCGUUCAGCCAUCUAGCCUUGCUGAGCCAACGCCUCGCGAUGAAAAUGUCAUUGAGGAGCAGUCCAUCGAAAACUCUGUCAAGAGUCCCGCUGAAAGUAAAUCCAUGCAAGCCGGACUUAUGGCUUCUCGCUUCGCUGCCACGAGCCCACCUAAGGCGACCACUUCGCCGGAUCACCGUGCUGGGUCUGAGGCCAAUACUCCAACCCGCGUGGAAACACAAUUUAUCACUCGCCAACCUAAGCAUUACGACAGCCCAUGGGACUCUGAAGAUGACUCGCCUGAUGACGAGGAGCUGAAUGCAGUUAUGGAACAACUAAACGAUGACGACGCAGAUGUCGGCAUCGAGCGGCACGCGACUCCUUACCAAACAAUCCACGCAACACCCUUCCAACCGAGACACGACCACUUCACGGAGUCGAUGGGUGGUCCCACAAAAGAACAGCGCUUUGGUUCUGCGGAGGCCCGAAGUGAAGCCCCCAGCCCAAGCCCCGGUGGAGUCCCCAAGACCUACAGGCUCAGCAUUCCCAGGCUUGGCUCGGACAUCGACGCCAACAGCAAUGCUACCUUCUCGCCACAGAAGAGCCUCAUCUCUCGUCUCCAGUCCCCUGUUCGCCAUCUUAUUACUGAGAAUGACCAUGUCAGUGACUGGGAUGACAUGAUCUCCGCCGGUGAAGACGAGAAGUUCUUGAACCGUAACCGCUUCUUCGACCGUCGCAUCAACGAUCUUGUUGGCUCCGCCAUCGACGAGCGCUUAGGUCCUAUGGAACGUGCUUUGGCUGUCAUUCAGCAGUCUGUGGCUUCUAUUGCCACUGAUACUGCAAGCAGAAAGGUCUUCCGCGGCACAUCCGCCGAGAUGGAAGACAGUGAUGCCGAUGAUGAGGAUGAUGAUGCUGAGGAAACUUCGAUUCGCGAUCGUUCCCCCCACAAUAUGAGAGAACGUAAGCUGGAGAUGCUCAAAAAUGUUGUCAUGGAAGCUUUGGUUACCCAUGACAUUCCUCAGCGCAUUUCCCCGCACUCCAGCCACAGCGAGAUGGCGCAGCUCAAGGAAAGCAUUUCUGAACUGCAGGCUCUCACGAUCAAGAAGCUCGCUCAGGACCCUGUUGGUGAUAUGCGUGAGAUACUCGAGGAAGCCAUGGCCAAGCAAUUGGCUCAGCAGGUCGCCUUGCAGAAGCCCCCGAGCCCGCGUCUUUCGGAGGCCGAGGAGAUUGGUGCUGACAGCCUUAUGCUUCAGAUCGACGGCCUAAAGAGCAUGUUGCGAGUUGCUGAUGAGCGUGCUGAGCAGGAGUAUAAGGAUCGCCGCGAUGCGCAGGAUGCUAUAUCCGAGCUCCAGCGACUAUUGAAGUUUGCUGAGGAAGAUGCUGCUCGCCACAGUGCUGCUGCAGAGGAUGCCGAGUCUCGUCUCCUACAGUUCAAGGAAGAGAAGAUUCCCUACUUUGAGAAGAUGCAGUUCCGCACCGAGUCUCUUUUGGAAGAGAGCGAGACGCUCAAGGUCACUAUCGCUGAGCUGUCCACGAAGAAUAUCGCGCUUGAGGGUACCCUCGACGAAUACCGUCUUUCCAGUGAUACCUUCCGCCGCCAACUGGAUACUUCCAAGGGUGAGAACAAGUCUCUUCAUGAGACUAUCGAUCACCUGAGAACUCGUAUUGAGGAUAGCAUGAUCUCACGCCAGAAUCUCACUGAAAAGUUCGAUCGUCUUCAAGAUGAUAUGCUCAGUGUCACUGCUGAUAUCACUCGUGAUCAAGCUUCCUGGCGCAGAAAGGAGGAAGAGCAAUCCGCUAGGUACAAUGAGCUGCGCGCGUCGCACUCUCGCGAGCUCCAAUUGCGCGAGAAGCUCGAGGAGGAUGUCCGCAAAUUCGAAAUAAACGAGCGAGAGGCCACUAAAUUGAGGUUCAUCCAGGACCAAUCUCAGCGAGAGAAUGCUAGACUGGAGGAACUGAUUACCAGCCUGCGGGCGGAGAACCAUGACUUGCAAAUCCAGGCUGCCCGAUUUGAGCGGGAGUUCAUCGAAGCCCGUGAAAGUAGCCAUGCCGAGAUCCAACGCACUCGCACCUCGAUGGAAGCAGACCUUGAAGCUUCUAAUAGUCAGGUUAAUAUUGUGCGUGCCGAGCUGGAGGCCCAAAUUCUUCGUCUGGAGACCCAACUUGAAAAUACUCGCAUGGAUACAGAUACUGCUCGCGAGCGCUACGAGCUUCUCCUCGAAGAAGCCCAGGACUCAAAGGUUACCGCCCUGGCUGCUAAGGACCUUGCCAUCGAUGAGACGCGCAAGAUUCACGAGCGCGUUCUCAAUGACUUGCGUGAACGUCACGCUCGCGCUUUGCAUAACUCUUCGGAGGAUCGUGCACGCGGUGAGAGUCAUAACAUGGAGCGCAUGGCUUUGUCCGAGGACAAGGCUAAGCACCUGCAAGAGCGCGUGAACCUCCUUGAAGAGAAGCUUGAGAUCGCUCAAGCUGCUGCCCGUGCUGCUGCUGAGGCAGCCCACAGCGCCAAGGCAAUCCCCAUCCCUGCUCCAGAUGCUGCACCCUCGCACUCGCGGGCAACGCCAUCCAUGUCCUACAACAAGGGAUCUGCAGAGCCCGAGCGAAUCUCCCCUCAAGCCCUGCGUGAGUCAAUCUUUGUCCUCCAGGACCAGCUCCAGCAGCGCGAGACACGCAUCGAAGAGCUCGAACAAGAAGUUUCCGCAAUUGAUAAAGACGCGCCAAAUAAGAUUAAGGAGAAGGACACCGAGAUUACCUGGCUUCGUGAGCUCUUAGGCGUCCGAAUCGAUGACCUACAAGACAUAAUCCAGACCGUGUCCAAGCCCGCAUUCAAUCAGCAAGCUGUCCGCGACGCAGCCAUCCGUCUUAAGGCCAACCUCCAAAUGCAGCAGCAAGAAAAGGAACGCCUAACAACCGGCAACCUCCCCUCCCUCGCUGACAUUGCCGCCUCACCCCGCUCCCUCCCUCUAGCCGCAGCCGCCGCCUGGGGAAAUUGGCGCAAAGGGCGCGAAUCUGCCACCAACUCUUCUGACCAGACCCCGUCAAAGCCCAGCAAUGCGAGCACUUUCCUGUCCGGCCUUCUAACGCCCCCGAGCUCCCACGCCCGAGCGAACGGUACUGGCUCGCAGACUAGUGCUGCCGCGAGGUUCGCGCAAACUCGCCCCCUGAGAGGCCCAAGACGUGGCUCGGUUCGUAGCCAGGCGCCUAUCACGGAACCGCCUCAAACGCCGCCUCUUCUCCGCCGCUCAAGUUAUGACCAUGACGCUGAGCCGGCGCACUACGAGGAUGGGAGCUUCGCGGAUGAGAACGAGAGUACCGUGGACGGGAUGGUUUCGGCUUCGCCGAAAUCGAGGGACGAUGACGGCCCAUUCGGGCCUCAGAUCGACGAGGCUGAAGCUGAAGAAAGUGAUAUUCAGAUUCAGGCCGACGCUGACGUCUCAUCUUCGGACGAAGCCUCUACUGAGGAAGAGUGA